GUCCGAGUUUGGGGAAUCAGCUGAUCUUAGAGCGGGCUAGACAUGGCGUCUUCGUUGGUGGUAGGAGAGCGUCUGGUGCGCGCUCUGGGGCCUGGCGGGGAGUUACAGUCAGAGAAGCUGCCCCGGAAGCUGCGGGCCGAGCUUGAGGCCGCUCUGGGAAAGAAGCGCGCGAAUGGUACUAGUCCCAGUGGCCCUCGACGCUUGGUUUCCUUCCGUCUGAUCCGGGAUCUGCACCAGCAUCUCAGAGAAAGGGGUUCCACACUAUAUCUUCAUGAGCUUUUAGAAGGCAGUGAAAUCUACCUCCCAGAGGUUGUGAAGCCUCCUCGAAACCCAGAGUUAGUUGCCCGACUGGAGAAGAUUAAGAUACACCUGGCCAAUGAGGAAUAUAAGCGGAUCACUCGCAAUGUCACCUGUCAGGAUUCUCGGCAUGGUGGGACUCUCAGUGACUUGGGAAAGCAAGUGAGAUCAGUGAAGGCUCUGGUCAUCACCAUCUUCAACUUCAUUGUGACGGUGGCAGCUGCAUUUGUCUGCACUUACCUUGGAAGCCAGUAUGUCUUCACAGAAAUGGCCUCGCGGGUGCUGGCUGCAUUAAUUGUCGCCUCAGUGGUAGGCCUAGCUGAACUGUAUGUCAUGGUGCGGGCAGUGGAAGGGGAGCUGGGAGAGCUGUGACUAGUGCUUCAUCAUCAGAGACUGCAGAAGAUUUUGGGGUCCUCAGGCUCCCGGCUGCCAAUCAGUGACUCAGUCAGCCCAUGAGGCUUCUUUUACUCAGCUCUAAUUAGUCAGGAACCAAACCAGGACACCUGCUGUGUCUAUGAGGAGUCCCAUUUUCUAUAAAUUUCCAGAAUGAGCAGAGAAGAUUGGGAUGAUACUUCUUCAAAAGUAAAAGAGCUGGUUUCUCGGUAUCUUCUCCUGAACCCAUUGCCCAUCUGCCUGCUCCAGUCCAUUCUGAGCACUGCUUGGACUGGGCUUUUUCCAUCAGGAGUAAAUGGAAUCCAGGCCUCCCCAGAAGUACUGCCUUGUACUGCCUUGAACUUGUCCUAGUGCACACGCCUUUGGAGCAGGGCCGUAAUUGAGAGCAGAAGCCUCCAAGAAAGGAGAAAAAGGCUUCACCUCUGCAGUCUAUGCUGGAAGGAGAACUGAUUAGAAGAUAGAUACCCAGGAAGAGCAAAACGGGUUGGUACAAGAUGGUGGAACUGAAGCCAGGCAGCUACUGUUUUGGAAACGGAAAUGGCAUCGGCCCCCAUUUCCAGAAGCCAAAACAGGCCCAGAGGGAUCAAAUAACCAACUGUGAUCCUUCCUCUGUUAAGUGGACCCAAAGACUCUUACAUUGUCUGGAUGUCUCUGCGUAAUAUUAUUAAACCUCUGAAAACUUAAAUGGUAGCGUGAUGAUAGAAUCUGCCUAUAUAAGGCAGGUAAAAAGGUGUCGGCCCCAGUUACUUACCCAAUAAAUAAUUUAUUGUGUCUAGUUGUAUUCUUACUUGAAGUUGGUGACAAAUAGUACAAAGCACAAAGAUUUCCAUACUUCUGAGACUUGUGUAGCAUCUGCUAACAGUAGAAUUGUCUUCCUCUUCAUUCAUUGUACACAAUCCUGUAGUCUUUGUUUUUUCCAAAGCUUUUGUUUGUAUAAAUUGUACACUCACCAGCCCAAUAAACAUUUUCUCAACAAAA